UUCCAAAUUCUUGUCAAAAGAAAAACCAAACCAGGACACGAAACCAAAUAUUAUUCAAUCAAAAAAUUACAAAAAUCACAACAUUCUUGUUUUCUUUUAAAAGAAUUUAACAACAAUGGUGAAACCCAAUGGAAAAGAUUCUUGUGAAAAUUCACCAUCUUCAUCUUCUUCAUCGUCAAAGUACAGAGGAGUACGUAAGAGGAAAUGGGGGAAAUGGGUUUCAGAAGUUAGACUACCAAAUAGCAGAGAAAGAAUUUGGUUGGGUUCUUAUGACACACCAGAAAAAGCUGCGAGGGCUUUUGAUGCAGCACUUUUUUGUUUGAGGGGUAAAACUGCAAAUUUCAAUUUUCCUGAAAAUCCGCCGGAAAUAGUUAACGGUAGGUCCAUGACGCCGGCGGAAAUUCAAGUGGCGGCAGCCCAGUUCGCGAAUUCGUAUUCAGAGCCCCGGGUUAGUAAUUGGGUUAACCCGAGAGAUAAUUCGGAUCCUUCGUCGUCAUCUUCGGAAAUGUUUAAUGCGGAGAGUCCGUCGGUUUCGGUUUCGAACGGAUUAGUUGGGUUGGAAAGUGAAAAGACGGAAAUGACCCUGGAUAAUGGAUUUGUGGACAUGUUUUCUUCAAUGGGGACAGCAAAUGACAUGUCCGAUUUUGGAAUUUUUCCGGGUUUUGAUGAUUUAUCCGGUGAAUAUUAUGUACCACCAUUGCCUAAUUUGGACAAUACUGCUGAAGAGAAUUAUAUGAAUUAUGAUGAGUUCCAUUUACAAGGAUCUUCGUUUCUUUGGAACUUUUGAAGAUUCAAUUUUUUUUGGGACUUAAAAGAAAUGGUUAAUAUUAUAUGGUAGAAAAAGGGAAUAAUUAAAAUACUACAAUUGUAACCUCUAGUUGUUGACUUGUAGACAAUUCUGGACAUUUUUUUGGCUGCUAGAAUUGCUACAAAUAUAUGUGAUUCUAUACUUAGGAGGAUAUACUCUUGUUAAAUUUCAUCUGGCUGCAAAAGCUUUGUUCCAUAUAAGUUCUAUGGGUUGUUAUUCUAGGAAAUGGAAAUUUAUUUUAUACGUAAUUCUCUUAA